UGUCUGUUGUGGCUAGCUAGCUAAUCAGAUGGCUGAAGAGAAAUCCCAAAAGCUUUCUUUUGGGAGGCUAAAUAAACACAACCGUCUGUAGUCUGGUGUUUAUUUGACACCGUAGGCACUGUAUUUGUAGUUUGUAGCCUGUCGUGUCUCGGGCUGUAGUUUGUUUCCCCCUGAGCAGUGGAGAAUCCGCUGCUCUGCUCUCAUGAGGCACAGGGCUAGUAGCUAGGCACUUGGCUAGCUUAAAGCUAAGUUAGGUUAGUAUGCCCUCUGAUUUUAUAUCUCUUCUAAGCACGGAUAUCGACCUCAAUUCCCCUAAAUCUCUGUACUCCAAAGAAUCCGUGUAUGACCUUCUCCCUAAAGAACUGCAGCUUCCCCCCACCACACAGGACAAACACACCAUGAGCCAGAAGAGCGGUGGAGAGGCAGGUCCUCUUCCCUCUGCAGCCCUGGCCUCAGAUGCUGCCACUGCCUCCACUUCCCCUGGAGGGCACAGCAGUGCACUUCCUGCCUCUACCUGUGCCAGCAUUCACUCUGCUACUUCAGCUCCAGAGCAGUCUUCCAGGCUCCAUGGAUGUAUCCCUGCAGAGGUGCUGGGAGUGGAGCCUGGUCCAGCCUCUGCCAUCAGUGGGGCUGCUGCAGGCGAUGGUGUUGGGGUACCAGCCCAUCAGAACCAGAUGACCCCGUCAAAACGGCGGACCGUCCUGAAUAUCUCGCCGCCUCCAGAAGACCUGCUGGAUGACAGCCGUAUGUCCUGCCAGGACGAGCUGGUUCCCAAUCCAGACUCGGAGCAGAGCAGCAGCAUUUGGAUGGAUGACUCUGUGUCUAACUUCAGCAUGCUGAGUAACAGUUCAUACAAUGACAAUACCGAAGUACCCCGCAAAUCCCGGAAGCGUACACCUCGCCAACGGCCAGGCCCAAAACCUGUAGCCAGGGAUGAAGCAACCAUGGAUGUGUUUGAUGCAGACAGUGCAAAAGCGCCGCACUUUGUGCUUUCCCAACUUGGCUCAGAAGCAAAGGGCAAUCUCAAAGGAAGCACCCUGGAGGUGUCUGGGAGUCAGAAAGGGAGCAUUCUUUCAACACAGUAUCCACAGAAGAGUGAAGGAAAGGAGCUGAAGAUUCUGGUCCAGCCUGAAACGCAGCACAGAGCACGAUACCUUACAGAGGGGAGCAGAGGAUCUGUCAAAGACCGCACACAACAAGGCUUUCCUACAGUUAAAUUGGAAGGUGUGACAGAACCUGUUGUACUCCAAGUGUUUGUCGCUAAUGACGCUGGACGUAUAAAGCCUCAUGGCUUUUAUCAAGCCUGUAGAGUGACCGGGCGCAACACGACAGCCUGUAAGGAGGUGGAUAUUGAAGGGACCACAGUUAUUGAAGUAAAUCUUGAGCCCAGCAACUCCAUGACAUUAGCAGUUGACUGUGUUGGCAUACUGAAACUGAGGAAUGCAGAUGUGGAAGCUCGAAUAGGUGUCGCUGGAUCCAAAAAGAAGAGCACUCGAGCUCGUUUGGCAUUUAGAGUCAACAUCCCAAGACCAGAUGGCUCUGUUCUAACUCUACAGACCCCUUCUUCACCAAUUCUCUGUACUCAGCCUGCCGGAGUGCCUGAAAUUCUCAAGAAGAGUCUUCACAGCUGUCCAGUGACUGGAGGAGAAGAGAUAUUUAUUAUUGGCAAGAACUUCCUCAAGGGGACCAAAGUUAUUUUUCAGGAAAAUGCUGCAGAUGAUAACUCAUGGCAGGCUGAAGCAGAGAUUGACAUGGAGCUUUUCCAUCAAAAUCACUUAGUGGUGAAGGUCCCUCCUUUUCACGACUUGACUGUGACCUCCCCUGUGUCAGUUGGGAUAUGUGUGGUAACGAACGCAGGGAGAACACAUGAACUGCAGCCUUUCACGUACACUCCACAGCCAGAAAAAACUGAUAUUUCUGUGAAGUCAGAAUUGCCAUCAACAGGCAAACCUUGCAACUUUGAAGACCAGGUGACAGCAAUGCAAACCGGGGCCAGUAGUCUUAACAAUACCUUGAUGGCCCCAGUGAUAUCGAUCGUCAAACGUGAAGAAGUCACUCCAAUGGAAGUCUCUACCAACCCAUCAGCAUGCAACAUUUUUAAGCCUGCAGAGGUCCUUAAUUCAAACCAACAGAUUUUGGAAAUCACCACGGUCCUUCCCACAAGCAGCAAAUCCUUUCCUAGCCCUGUGCCUCUACCCUCCGUUGAUGCGCAACAGUCAGCACCCCCAAUUUUUGUACCCCCUGAGCCCCUUACUACUAUUCAGAAACAAGACAUCUCUCCCACGACAUCCUUUCAAGUGUCCUUGUCAGAAGACACUACAGUUCUUCAGCCCGUGCCGCCCCAGGUCCCUCAGCAGUUCUUGCGGGAAACUCCAGAGACUCUCUCUCCAGAAGACAACAGUCCGGACGGAACAGGGAUGGUGGUUGUAGGGAUAGAGUCAAGGCCUCCUGCAUCCCAGCAACCCCAGGUCCAGACCCUUCUGCCCCAGGAUGAGGUGGCACAGCUAGAAAGAGCAGUGAGGGAGUUGCAAGAACAACAACAACUGAACUCUGUGCUUUAUGGUCCAACACCUUCUGCUGAAAGUCUCCAGCAGCAUGUCCAGGAGAACAUGAACAGUUUAAGAUUGGGUGGAAAUGAGAACACAAUGACCAACCAGCAACAGCAGCAACAAGAACACAGCAUAUUAGAGAAUCUGCAGCAACAGCAUCAGAAGGCACUAGUCGAUCUCCAGCAUCAGCAAACGGUUCUGGAAAAUCUGCAGCAGCAACAAAAGGUCUUGGAGAAUCUUCAGCAGCAUGCUCUAGGAAAUCUGCAGCAGCAACAAUCGCAUCAGAAUGUUUUGGAAAACCUGCAGCACCAGAAAGUUCUUGAGAACAUUCAGCAGCAGAACUCUUUGGUGAACAUGCAACACCAGAAAGUACUUGAUAAUCUGCAACAGCAGCAGCAACAUCACGAACAUCUAGAGAAACUUCAACAAGAGCAACAGCAGGAGGUCUUGGAAAAUCUUCAGAAGCAGUUACAAUCAGAGCUUCUGCAACCACUCAUUCCUAUGCAGUGCACACCAAGUUUUUCUGGAGUACCACAGAAUCAAAUAUCUGAGCAUCAGGGUACCACGCAAACAGAUGGUACUAUGUCACAGCCAGCUGAUGGUUUCCUCCAGAACUCAUCCCAGCAGCCUCAGCAGCAAGCGCUUUUCCAGCAGGCAGGAGGGCUACUGACUAUUCAGACGUCCAGCUUCCUUCAGCAGUCACCUUCCCAGUCCUCACCUCCUCAGCAGUUAUUUCAGAGUCACGCCCCUCUGACUGAUGCACAGAACCCACAGACAGCACUCUUUGGCACUUCCAAGACUACCCAAGUCCAACCAGCUUUGUUUUCGAAUACUAUGACACUGUUAACAAGCACCAGCUUACCUUCUGAGCAACAGACUCCCUCAACCACGCUUUUCAUUUCACAGGGGGUUCUUCCUGCACAAAUAACAGCCGACAAUACCCAGAACCAACAGCAACAACAAAUCGCUUUCCUCACGCCCAUACAGACGUCUGGUUCGGCACCCCAGACAGUCUCGCUUUUUCAGGGACAACCCCAGUUGUCUGCACCAAUGGAACAACAACAGUCUCCGCAGCCACAGCAAAUACAAACACCUCAGCAAGCCUCCAUUUUCCAGAGUAUGUCUACAAUAACCCAAAGCCAGGGUCAGCAACAACCACAGACUGGCUUACUCUUCUGUACAACCCCUAUUAACCCACAAGACCUGCCACAGACUCUCCUAUUCAGCAGUCAGAACCAGGGUCCAAUUGGUGGUGACCCACUUCCACAGAAUAUAUUUCAGGACCAGCAGCCCAUGCAAGUAGUUCCAAGCUCUGUGAAUGUGACAGCAGAUAGUUCCACGAACCAAUCUACAGUUCCUCCGUCCCAGUCAACACCAAGUCAACAAAUUCUCUUCCCCCCAGCCAGUGUGGUCAGUGUGGCCCAGCAGGAUGCGUCAGAGCCCAUGUCUUUCCAAGAUGAGAGCUCUGUUGUGGAUGACUCGUCCACCAAUAUGCCUUCAACUCAGUCAGGACUUUUUCAGGACCAGCAGCCUAUGCAGGUUGUCCCCAGCGCCAGUAAUGUUGCAUCUGUAUCUUCUACAGACCAAUCCUCUGUCAACAUCUUUUUGCCCCAGGCAGCCAUUUCAGCACUACAAAGUGGUGUAGGCACUCAAGAGUUACCUCAGGCUGCCACAGCAGCAUCCAUUUUUAGUGGGCAGGGUGGGGUGGCCAUUGGAGGUUUGCAGAGCUCUUCCUCCACAUCCAGUCAACAGAAUCCUGAUCCACUCUUUCAGACAGCGUUGGGGAGCACCCUGAACCAGCCUGUUCAGGCAGGGCAACCAGGCUUGUUUCUGUUUGAAAUCCCCACAGAGUGUGGUCAACUUUUAAAUUCUCCAGGUCCUGCACUGGCAGAUCAGCUUGUGAACAUGGGGCAUCCUAGUUCAGAUCACAACCAGAGCCAGCUUCAGAAUAGUGCACAGAUUCAGACUUUACUGGACCAGUCCAGCAAUCUUGAUGAGAAGAUUGAUGAACUACUAGAACGGUUUCAGGAACAAGGGAAGACACUCCCCAGGGAUUUCUUGGAGCAGUAAUGAUGAAUUGAAAGAUCACCUUGGUGAGCCUGCUUAAGCUCUAUUUUGAGCUUAUAAGUGUAAAUGUGAUGUUAUGAAAUCUGGAGUGUCUGCAUUUUAAAAAACAAAAACAAAAAAAGCCUUUAACAUUUUUUGUCCAUGUAGGCUGUUACAGGUGGAUGUAAUCAUGGUUCGUUCUCAUGGGGACCAUUAGGGAUCCGGCCAAUGAAUGUCCUGGCAAAUCAGCAUCUAUAAAAAUCAGUGAUCUAUAGAACUAUUUAAUAUCUAAGCAUCAUGUUGUUGUUUUUCUCCAAUUUGUCUUUGCUAUUAGACACUAUUAUCCAUCUUACUAAGAGAAACUGACAACUUGAACCACUUAGAUCCAACAAAUUGGACCGAUAUAUUGUCUAUGAAUUUUUAGAUGAUAUGUUUAGCACUUUAUUGAGCUUCUAAAAUGAGACACUCCAUUUUAGCUUUCAAGCCAUUUGCAUCCACCUGUUUGCCUGUGUCUGUCUGUUUUAAAGUCUUUAGAGAGGCUUUCCCAGAAUGGUCUCUCUUUUUUUUUUUUUUUUUAAUACAGUCAUAUUUACUCUUCAUUUUCAUAAUAACUUGUUUAACAAGCCAUGAUCAUUAUACAUUUUUAUUGUCAUGAUUGUACAGCAUUCAUCUGUCCUGAUCCGUAAGAUGUGUAACAUUUACUGUAUAUAAAUAUAAAUUUGUAUGUAGUCAAGAUAUUUUUUUUUGUUGUUUCAUCUAAUGCAUUUUAUAAAGAAGAGACCCAUCUUUAGUCAUUCCUGUCAGGGAUGUGUACCAUCACUGGUGUAGAGUAUGUUAACAUUGGUGUCAGCUUAGCCUCGCUGAUUAGCCUGAAAGUUGCAAGCUUUCAGUUUGUAAAGCUGCUUGUGGUUUUAUUGUGGUAAAUCUGGCAUAGAAUAACUUUAGUGGGUAGAGACAACAUGAUGAACAUCUACCAGAAUGCUUAAGUGACAGUGCCAAGGACUGAAAUCAAAACCAUCAGUGGAUCAUGAUCCAGUUGCUUAUCAAUAAUAGGCUGUACUUGUUGUUACUGUUAUUCUUACUGUUAUUUUAUAUUGUCACUGGCCAUUGGAAAACUAAGUAACUCAAAAACAGCACCUUUACAGGAGGAGAGAUAAAACCUUGUUAACUUACAACAGUCAAAAGAGUAAAAAGUGUUUUUCAGGUCAAUUCGCAGGAUAUCUAUAAAUACAUUCUUCAAUACAUUUUGAGUGUAAGGGACUGCUUGUGUGUUUAAAUUAAAAAUCAUUUUAAUUGGAAGGUGACUAUAUGCUCAAGAGAUUUAAGUAGUUAAAUUGGAAAGCUUGCAGGUUCUCAGGUUUUAGGUCAGCCAAACAGACUAUACACAUGCAUGCCCUUGACAUAGUGUGUAAAGUUUAUGUAUGUUUUGUGUGUUAACUAGUAGCAAAUAGAGCAUAUUAAUAUUUGUACUCUGUUACAUGAAGAUCGGUCCAUGUUUUUUAUAUUAAAUGUAUUAGAUGUACUUUUCCAAUUGGCUGGCUGCUGAAAAUAACAUUCAUUAAUGUGAAGGGUAGAUGGGUCAUCAAUUCUUUCAUUGUUUUUUUCUGACUUGGUAAAUGAAGUUUUACAGGGUUCAUUCUCAACACAUUGGCAUAGUGGUGUUGCAUUGUUUACAUUAAUAACCAUUGUUUUACCAUUGUGUAACAUUUAGACUGAUUAUUAGUAAAGAACUCAUUCCUAAAGCUUGGCUCUUAGACAUUUUGGCCACUUCCUAGAAGACAGUUUUCACAAAUAUGUCUGUUUGUGUCACAUAUCUUUAUUUUACUCACAUCCAUCCAUAUGUUUACAUCACCCAUUGUUAUAUAUUUUGAAGAACCAAUACCAUGUUAAACAUCAAUUUGCAUCAUUUUAUUUCUAGAAGUAAAGUUAAACGUUUGUUUAAAGAAAUGUAAAUUCUCCCAAAUGUGCUUUAUAUAAUCAAUUAUUUAUCUUGACCAUUAACUAUUUCCCUUAUUUGUCCAACAUCACUGUAUAGAUAUUUGUUUUCUAAUUAUGUAUUUAAUGUUUGUUACAAACUCUGUACAAAGAAGCCUAACUUUUUAGUUGUGGUGUGUGUUUGUUCUUCUGUGUGAUAUUGGUUUGUAGAACAUGUGCUGUCUUUGUAGUAAAGUGUAAUCUCUCACCUGUAUUAAGUGAGCCAUACAUACAGUAUUUUUGUAAGACUGAAAUUACUAAAUGUACUAUGUACAUUUUUAAAUCAUUGAACUUUGUGUCCCUUCUGCAGUACUGUACUUCAUACAUCAUGUCAAUGGGGAGAAAAUUCGCCCCCAUCACUGUGCUAUGAAGGAGGCGUUCUGUGUGGCUCGUGGAGCUGAAUUACUGGCAGUCUAAGACAUGAAAAAAGGAGAGGUUUUUACAGAGUAUAUAGGCUAAUGCUUUGGAAGAUAUGUUCCAUACUAAGCCAUAUAAACAAAUCAGUAACUCUGAUUUCAGAGUGAAAGAAUGUGCUUUUACCUCAUGAUGUAAGAAUAUUCACACUACAUCUAACUAAGGACCAAUUAAGAUGACAACUUUUCUCUCAGAAUAUGGCAGCAGAACUCUUUAUGUCUUUUUGAAUGAUAUAUGGAUGAUAUCUGUGAGUUCCUGUUUUUUUGAGUACUGAUGUUCCAGCUUAGGUCAAAAUACUGUCAUACUGUACGUGCAACCGAAAACAAGCAGAAACAGAACAAAAACAGAACAUUUCUGCGCAAUCCAUCAUUGUAAGAACUACUUAAACUACUUAAACUGUUGUUAGGAUGCGCAGAUAUUUAUUCUACUCUCCAUUGUAUUGUGCUAUUUUUAUUGGAAGUACUUUGUGCCUUUGCAAGCCGUUUCCCCUUACUUCUAAAGUACCUUUGUAACUAAUUACACAUUUUGGGGUUUGUAGUUAAACUUUAAAGUGAUCCAAAAGUUAAAAACUGCAAGAUUUCUAAUGAUAUGUGUAGUUUGUCUCGUCUAAGUGUUGUUUACAGAUCCAUCAAAUGCAGAAGUGCAUUUGAGCUUUAUAUCAUUAAACUGCUAUGCAGCUCAACCAUUUAUUAUCUUUUUCUUUCCUUUUUUUUUUCCCUUUUCCCCCCCGUUUAAUUUAAUGAUUGGUUGUUGCCUCCUGAGAUUUGCCAAAAAAGGUACAAAACAGAAAAAAAGACAGUACUUUUGAUAGUGAUCUCAUAAAAAAGGCACAGUGAAGUAACAGAUAAAAAAAUUUAAACAACAACCUUAGAGCGCUUUCCCCACUCACCAGCAGUUUGUGUGCUCUGUGUAUGAGUGUGAAUGUUUUGAGUGCUUCUUACAACUCAUUUUCAUUCUUAAUAUGCAUUUUUUACUAUGAUUUGCUUUUGUUUGAUGUGAAUAAUAUUCUUCACUUUUGAAGUCAUAGGUUUAACAGUUUACUUUUGAGUGUGUCUAAGUAUCGUGUGAAGAUUCAUGUGAAGUAACAUUUAACAUAUAAAUAUACUUGUAUUUUGCUUUAAAUCAGUACAUUUGUAUACUCUUGCAGUUCUAUUUCUGUAAAACGUGCUGCUAUCUAUAUGAAUAAAGAUAGACCUGA